AUGGAGGUAUCGGAGUGUGAAGGUGAGAUUGCCAGUAUCGUUAUGGUUGCUUUUGGAAUAUUCCUUCUCAUUCAAUCAAAUUCGUUUGGCUUUUCCGGUUCGGAAAAGUUGGUCCCUGUCUUCAUCACCAUUGUCGGAGUAAUUUUACUAGCCGUCGCAAUUUUGGGAUUCGUUGCGGCCAUUACACUUAGACGCAGUUUACUCCUCGCGUUCGCCAUUGGAAUGGGCUUAAUCAUUUUGGCAGAAAUAGCUGGAGGCAUCUUGCUGUUUGUCUACAGAGCCAAGUUUAAAGAAGGCCUUAAAAAUUACCUCGGAAAAAUGGUUGAAAGCAUUGCAAAAGGCUCAAAUCCAACUACCCAAAAGGUCUUACAGAAAAUACAAAAUGCGUUUGGGUGUUGCGGUGCUAGAGGGCCACAAGACUGGUGUAAACAAGACGGAGGGAAUGGAUCAAUGUGUCCGAAAGAUAAGAAAACAGGUUGUAUUGAUGUGAUUUAUGCAUGGAUAAAGAAAAAUUUGCUUGCUGCUGGAGCAGUGGUUCUUGCUCUUGCCCUACUUGAAAUUGGAGCAAUGGCAGCAGCUUCCUGUCUAUACAAACAAUCCGAAUAG